AUGCUACCCUCACUUCUCUUCACCCUGCUGAGCGGUGCCGCUUUCAUCCAUCCCACCAUUGCCUCUCCAUCCGUCAUCCUUGAAAAAGUCGAAGCCAAAUCCAUUCCACCAGGCUGGUCAUUCGACCACAACGCCAUCUCCACCGAUAAAAUCACACUCACCAUCGCCCUCAAAGAGCCUGGCUUUGCCGAUGUCAAAGCAAGGCUACACCAACGCCAGUUUGGGGGUAACAACCACCACCUUUCAAGAGAUCAGCUCCACACUUACCUCCAGCCCAAAAACAAGAAUAUCGAAACAGUAAAAUCCUGGCUAAGGUCCAACGCAGGAGUCAAAAAUGUCCACGUCCAGGGGAGUUUGCUCUCCUUUGAGGCAACAGCGCAACAAGUCAAGGACUUGUUCUCUGCUGAUCUGAAGUAUUACACUUACUCUUCCGACGAUGACGACGAGAAUAUCCUCAGGACCACCGCUCUCAGGGCGUUGUCGUAUAGCAUCCCAUCCUGGCUCCGUGCCUACAUCGACUUUGUGCACCCCAUAACCAACUUCAUGCCCCCGCGUAAAGCAGGUCGUCCGACCAAAAAGCCAACUCCCAAUAAGCCAACCACCACCAAGAAAGCAUCAUCUUCAAGCGCAAAAGCAACCCCGACCAAGAAAGCAACCUCGACCACCACAAAGAGGACAUCCCCUACCACCCCGAAGGUUCUAACUUCAACAACCACUAGAAGGACCUCAACCACUACCAUCAAAAAGACAAGCUCCUCUACCAAGAAACCAACCACCACCUCCCGGCCCAUAGGCAUCCCAAUCAUCACCUCGGCGCUCUCCCAAGAAACCGGUCUCCCAGAUCCGGAAGAGCCCUACGAAGGCAACUACCCUUGCCUUGUAGCCACCUCCCCUCGCUGUAUUAAGCAGCUCUACAACAUUACCUACCCGCCCUACAACCCCGCUAGCUCCCCCCGUUCCCCCGUAAACUUUGGUGUCGCGGGCUUCCUAGAACAAUGGAUCCUCCACGCCGACGUCGCCGACUUUCUCUCUCAAUACCAACCCGACUACCUCUACCGGUCCGCCACUCCCACCGGUCCCUACAACUUCACAGUCGAGCUCAUCAAUGGCGGCAUAAACCCCCAAAACGACCCCGCCAACGCCGGAAUAGAAGCCAGUCUGGAUGUCGAGUACGCCAUGGCGCUCGGGUACCCUACCAAUGUCAUCUACUACGUCACCGGAGGCAGAGGAACAAAACUCGACCGUGACGGCAACCCCUCCUCCCCCGAAGAAACAGACAACGAGCCCUACCUCGAGUUCCUCGAAGCCCUCCUCGCCAAACCAGACGCCGAACUCCCCCACGUCCUGAGCAUCAGCUACGCCGACGACGAGAUCUCCGUUCCCCGACCCUACGCCCUCCGAGUCUGCGAUUUAUUCGCCGCCCUUGCAGCGCGGGGCGUCUCGACCUUUGUCGCGAGCGGCGACGGCGGAGCAGCGGGGACAGGCCAAACCCGCUGCGUCAUGAACGACGGGUCCGGGCAGAAGAAAAUGUUCAUCCCCACCUUCCCCGCCAGCUGCCCCUACGUCACCGCCGUCGGGGCGGUAGACAACGUCGCGCCGCCGUUUACGGGAGAGGACUUCAGCGCCGGGGGGUUCAGCAACUACUUUGACCGCCCAAGCUGGCAAGACGAGGCCGUCAAGCCUUACGUCGACGGGUUCGUCAGUCGCGGUGACUCACGGGUGGGGCUCUUCAACAGCACGGGGCGGGCGAUGCCGGAUAUUAGCGCUAUCGGGUCCGGGUUUCAGAUCAUCAUGGGUGGAGAAAUGAGCGAGGUCUUGGGCACCAGCGCGAGCGCGCCUGUCGUGGCGGCCAUGGUGGCUUUGAUCAACGACGCGAGGAUGCGCGCGGGGAAACAGAGUCUCGGCUGGCUGAACCCUCUGCUGUAUUCGGCAAAGGUGAGGGCAGUGCUUAGGGAUGUGACGGUGGGCGAGAGCUAUGGGUGCCUGUUUCCUGAUGGCAGCACGCAGGAUGGGUGGCCUGCCGUUCAGGGGUACGAUUGUGUUACGGGUCUUGGUGCUGUCAGGCAGUUUGACGAGCUCAUGGAAGCCCUGCUGUAG